GUGGCGGGAGAGGCAUUGAAUCCAAGGAAUGACAGGGGCGGCACCCUUUACGUCGUGGGCACGCCCAUCGGCAACCUUGAAGACUUGUCGCCAAGGGCGGCACGGGUGUUUCGCGAGGUCGCGUUGGUGGCCGCCGAGGACACCAGGGUUACCAGGCGUCUGCUGAACCACCUGGGCGCGCGUCCGCGGCUGCUCAGCUUCAACGAGCACAACUGGCGGGAGCGACUUGAGCCAGUUUUUCGGGCGCUGGAGGAAGGCGACGUUGCGUUGGUAUCGGACGCCGGCAUGCCUGGCGUGAGCGACCCCGGCAGAGAGCUGGUGGCCGAAGCGGCAGUGCGCGGUGUGCGGAUCGAGUCUGUUCCUGGGCCAUCGGCGGUGACCACCGCACUGGCAGUAUCGGGACUUCCAGCCGAUGCUUUUCUGUUUCUCGGCUUUCUGCCACGCCGUCGUCGGGAGCGACAGGAGCGGUUGCGGGAGGCGGCCACCUACCCGCUCACGGUGACCCUGUUUGAGGCGCCCCACCGGGUGCGGGCGACGCUGGAGGACAUAGCGCUCGUAUUGGGGCGAACGGCCAUUGGCAGUAUGCCGCGAAUUGACCCAAGCUGCACGAGGAGGUGUUUCGUGGCACUGCAAGCGAGGCGCUGGAGCAUUUCGCGUCGCCACGCGGCGAGUUCGCGGUGGUGA